AUGGAUGACAACAGUGAUUUUACGGAUUACCUCCAGGACAUUUUUGAUAACAUGGAAAAUGAUACUCUACUGGAUAUCUUCAGUAUGACAAACCACUCCCAAACUACUUUAAAUUUCAUGACAUUGAAAGAACAUAGGUAUGGAGCAUCCGGUACUGCUCUAUUACUUGUUUCGUUUUCUGUACUUGUCAUCAUAUCUUUUUUCGGAAACAUGUUAGUAGUUCAUGUUGUGGUGAAAAACCGCAAGAUGCACACAGUGACUUACAUUUUCAUUGCUAAUAUGGCAUUUUCAGAUUUAUUGAUGACGUGUUUAAAUGUGCCAUUGAAUAUUGCGCGGGAACUUAUGUCGGAAUGGACUCUUGGACAAUUUUUGUGUCAUCUACUGAAUUUUUCAUUAAUGACUUCUGUGUAUGUUUCAACGUUUACACUCACUGCUAUAGCACUUGACCGUCAACGUGUUUUGAUUUACCCACUAAACCCUAGAAUUACAAGACGGAAAGGGAUUUUUAUAUUAGUGCUGAUAUGGUCUCUUGCCUUCUCAUUGUCUUUGCCUUACGGAAUUUAUACAAGAGUACAAGACCUGAAUCUAUUUGUAACUACAGUGAAGAGGUGUCGCACUUACUUCCCAAGUGGCAAAUGGGAACAAAGUCUCACAAUUGCAACAAUGGUAGUGCAAUAUGUCAUUCCAUUGUCUAUUAUAGGUGUGACGUAUGGAAGAAUUGUACACAAAUUGUGGCUACGUACACAACUUGGAGUGGUUACUGAAAAGCAACGAGUUUUACAAAUACAAGAAAAAAGGAAAAGCAUUAAGCUGUUAGUGUCAGUUGUGGCUGUAUUUACUGUAUGUUGGAUGCCGCUCAAUCUCUAUCAUCUUCUUACCGACCUUCAUCCGAAUGUGAAACAGUUUACUUACAACAGUACAGUAUUCUUUAUAUGUCAUUGGGUAGCCAUCAGCAGCACCUGCAUUAACCCUUUUCUGUACUGUUGGAUGAAUCCGAUUUUCAAAAGAGAAUUUAAAAACAUUCUAAAGUGUUGUGCUGUUCAAAGUCAUCCUGUAAGUUCAAGGUCAUUUGAUUUGGAAUUUGAUGACCUCAUCUCGCCAGCAUUUGUUGUAAAAAGAUCUGUUGACACUAAUUUCAUCCCUCUGUGUAUUGUAUAG